AUGGGACUACUUGGAGAAGCCGAGUUCCUUGAGGCGCUGCGGCGCCUCUACGAGGACAGCAGGAGCAAGAACAGCGGAUCUGUGUGGAUCACCUUCAAGCGGACUUUCCCCGAAGUCGGCGGCUCCCGCGGAGCCAAACGCCGGCGUAAACUGGAGGGCUGUGAGGAGAAGCCUGAGGCUGUUCCCGUCUGUCUCGUCCGUGCGACGGACGGAAAGAAGAAGAUAUCUAUCCAGGUCGAAGCGGAGAAGGCCUCUAGCUUCAGUCAACGACUUUUUGAGGUCUCGCGUCUGUACACAGACCAAGUGAAACCCAGUAGCCCUGGGGCUGCUAAGGAUAAGCAGCAAAAAGAUAAGCAGCAAACGCAACGACAGCGGAAACCGCGGCAAGAUAAGAAGAACAAGAGUGAGGGGCGCAGCAACAGCUCCCUCAAGCGAGAAAUGUAG